AGUCCGUGUCUGUAACUGUGCGGUUAACACGUCGCGCUUGAACUUAACCGUAUCACACAACAUAUCACUUAAGUUUUGCUGAACUUGUACAGUAAAGUUAAUCCCAACUAUGAGUGGUAAAGUAGAGAAUGUGGGCAUACUUGCCAUGGAUUUAUAUUUUCCUUCACAAUACGUCAGUCAGACGGAGCUGGAGAAAUUUGAUGAAGUGUCUUCUGGAAAAUAUACAGUUGGACUAGGGCAGCAUAAAAUGGCAUUCUGUUCUGACAGGGAAGAUAUUAACUCUAUAUGUUUUACUGCUUUACAUAGACUUAUAGAGAAGAAUAAAAUAGAUUUACAUGAUAUAGGCCGUUUGGAGGUUGGCACAGAAACUAUCAUAGAUAAAAGUAAGAGUGUUAAAACAUUCCUAAUGAACUUGUUUACCAAAGUUGGGGCGACUGAUAUAGAAGGUAUUGACACAACAAAUGCAUGCUAUGGAGGCACAGCAGCUUUGUUUAAUGCAAUUAAUUGGGUCGAGUCAUCAUCAUGGGAUGGUAGGAAGGCUAUUGUAGUGGCUGGUGAUAUUGCAGUUUAUGGGAAAGGCCCUGCUAGGCCUACAGGUGGUGCAGGAGCAGUGGCAAUGCUUGUGGGACCCAAUGCACCUCUAGUUUUUGAUAAAGGUGUAAGAGCUUCAUAUAUGACCCAUGCAUAUGAUUUUUACAAGCCAGAUCUUGCAUCAGAGUUUCCAUUUGUUGAUGGGAAACUGUCAAUCAAAUGCUACCUCAGUGCUUUAGAUAAUUGUUAUAAUUUAUUCUGUAAAAAAAUGAGACGAACAGAUCCUAAUUUUAAAGGUUUGUUGAGCUUAGAUGCAAUGUUAUUUCAUUCACCAUAUUGUAAAUUAGUGCAAAAGUCACUAGCACGAAUUAGUUUCAAUGACUUCCUUAAUUGUCCUCCUGAGGAACGUGAGAAAUUGUUCCCUGGAAUGUCAGCAUUCAGUGAUUAUAAGCUGGAAGACACAUACUUUGAUAGAGACAUUGAGAAGGCCUUUAUGACAUACAGCCAACACUUAUUUGAUGAGAAAACGAAGCCAGCACUCCAUAUUGCAAGAAAUGUAGGAAACAUGUACACUCCAUCUUUGUAUGGAGGUUUAGUGUCAUAUUUGAUUAGUAAAUCACCAGAGCAGUUGGUUGGGAAAAAGUUUGGAUUGUUUUCUUAUGGUUCUGGUUUGGCAUCAACCAUGUAUUCUAUGAACAUUUGCAAUGAUAUGAGUGUGGGGUCUAAGUUGGCAACUUUAAUUGAUUCCCUGCAUGAGACAGUUGCAUUGUUGGACAAACGUCAAGGUGUAGAGCCAAGAAUAUUUUCAGAAAUAAUGGAGAACCGAACACAAAAUUAUCAUACAGCUCCUUAUCAGCCAACAGGCUCUAUAGAUGUUCUAUUCCCAGGGACAUACUACCUCAUUAACAUUGAUGACCAAAGAAGACGUACAUAUGCACGUAAAGAUUGAAAUAUUAUUAAUAACUUAAUUUGGUGCAGACAUUGGUGAUGGAGAAAAUUUGUGGGGAUUAUAAAUGUCUAAAUAAUGUUGAAAUAACUGGUUAUUUAUUUUAAUGUUAGGAAAUUACAGAAAUUGGCAAUAUCCAGUUAUAUGACUGGUAUUAGAAUUGCUACUUAGUAGGUGUCUACUAAUGAUAUUGUUUAAUUUUAAUAGAUUUAUUAAUCACCACUUUAUGUGUUUAUUCCUUAUCACAAAACUGAUAGACUUAGCUUCCAAGUUAGCAAAUUUCUUAUCACAGAAUACUUAAUAGUAUUCCAUACGAAAUAUUUAUUAUUAUGUUAUAUAAUUAAAAUAUGUUUGUAUGUUUUGUGCUUAGUUUAUAAUUUUUUAUGUUACCCAAGACAAAUAGCAGAAUGAUGAUGAAAUAUUCUAUUAUAAUUGAUCAAAUGAAAACCUGGAAUAAUUAAAUGGUUUAUUAAUAACAAAUAACUCUAAUUGGUAUUCAGUUUAUUAGUUUUUGAUGUCUUUUUAAUUUCAAUGUUUGUAAAAUAGUUACUAAUUUUAUAAUAAUACCACAAUGUUGCAAACUCAAAGGAAACAUGCAUUUUUUAUGAUGUUAUACUUUUAAAGAGUUCUGUUCAAUCAAUUUUACAAAAUAUUAUUUAUACUUUUUUAUUGUUCGUAAAGGCACUAAGCAGAGUGCAGAUUGAGUAUUAUUAAAUAUUAUUUAAUCUAAUAGUGAUGUGGUGGAGAAUGAAAACUUAAAAAAUGUGAAAACAUUUUUAUGCAAUAAAUAAAUCAUAUAAUUGGUGCUCAC